AUGAGGAUAUACACAUCUAAACGCAUCGAGAUUCCUCGCGAACUGAACCUCACCGAAUUGCUUCACACAAACGCAAGCCCAAUACCCGAGUCUCAUAUCAUCGCUGCCGAUAGUUUGACAAACCGGAGCAUCACUCUCGGCGAGCUACGGAACCGCGCUGGCCGAAUUGCAAGGGGGCUUGCGGAAAAGCUGAAUCCACCGGAUCAGGCACGAUGGGUCAUUGUGGUGCCAAAUUGUGUCGAGUUUCUCGAGAUCUUCCAUGCCAUCCUCUGGACAGGCGGUGUUGUGUGUCCCAUUAACCAUGCUCUCAAGGCAUCUGAGAUUGGCCACGGUAUCGCGGUCUCAAGACCUCACUUCAUCGUUGCGUAUGGUUCAAUAUUAGAGACCGUCAUCCGGGAGGCCGUGGAUGUGGCGGCGAGCGAGCUUCGUCAGGAGGGAGUACUCUGGAAACCACCGCCAAUACUGUCUAUCGUGGAACAAAGCAGACAAGCGAGACAUAUUCCGGAUGACUUUAUGGCUUCAAGUCAGCUCACCAUACCACACUGGCCAGACACUUCGAAACGACUGGCCUCAAUACACCUUUCAUCUGGAACAACAGGGAAACCAAAAGGUGUCGAGCUGACGCACUAUAACUUCGUCGCCAACGUCAUGCAACUCGUCGCCCUAGACCACAAGCGCCAAAUGUUCAACUCGGCCUGCAGAAUCGUCGCAUUCACACCCUGGGCUCACAUCGCCAUGACCACGGCUCCCCUCUUUCUCGGCCCGUAUACCGGCAUGUUCCAUCACGCGAUGCCGCAGUACAGCAUUGAAGAAUUUGGCAAGCUCGUGGGCUCUACACAAGCGACCAUGUUCCAAGGCGUACCGAGCGUGGUGCUGGGCCUGGCAAACUCGGAUGUAACGGAGCGAUAUGACUUCUCCAAGGCACAAGUCAUUAAUAUCGGCGGCGCGCUGCUGAAGCCGGCGCAACUCUCGAGGCUACUCAGCCGAGCGCCUUGGAGGCUCAUUCAGGCGUACGGGAUGACGGAGGCGGCUGGGUAUGUGGCCUACCAGGGUUUUGACGAAGUUGUCCCCGAUGGAUGUACUGGGAAGCUUUUGCCCGGUAUAGAGGCCGCUCUUCAUAAGGAAGGAACGACUGAAGACGCACCCCUGGGCGGUCCUGGGGAGUUAUGGCUCCGGGGUCCGAAUAUCACGCGGGGCUACGCAUUCAACCCGAGCGCCAACAGGGAGGCGUUCCCCGUCGAUGGGUGGUACAAUACCGGAGACGUGUGCCGUAUAGAUGAGGAGGGACGGCUGUCGAUUGUUGGGCGAACAAAGGAUUUGAUCAAGUACAAGGGCUUUCAGGUGAGUCCGACGGAACUCGAGCAGACUCUCAACUCUCAUCCUCUUGUGAGGGAGUCUGGUGUCGGGGCCCUCUGGGACGAGAGCCAGUUGACGGAGGUUCCUGCCGCAUGGGUAGUGAUGAAAGAAGACGACACGAACAAAAUGGAAGGGCGCGAGAUUGUUGGAGCUUUGAGGGAAAUCCACAAAGCAGUAGACGAGCAAGUCAGCGGUUACAAGAAGCUUAGAGGCGGUGUCUGGAUGGUCGAUAAGCUCCCGAGAAACGCCACGGGGAAGAUUUUGAGAAGGGAUCUAGUGCGGAUGACCGACGGGUUGUGUUCUUUGGAGGGUGGCAAGAAGUUCGUCGCUAAGUUAUGA